GAAGGGGCGGAUUUUCGAGCUAAUCUUUACAAAAUGGCGACUGUUGUUGUUUUGCCGCAGGCUCAGUGAAUAAACCCGUUUUUCACUUCAAUAAAUUUCUGCAUUAAGUUGCAGAAAAAAAGCACUACAGAAGGCCAAGUGUCCCGACGGUCAAGACCGAGUGGGCCGAAAUGAAAGGUAAAGAGCGGUCGCCGAUUAAAAAACUCCGGGCCUUGGACGAUAUUCGAGACAGGGGAGGAUGCCAUCCGACCAGCAAGAAAAUGGGGGCUCUGUCCGUUUCCAGUGGGAGUAAUAAUGGAAACAGUUCCUCCAAAAGCGACGGCGGCUCGACGAGACGGAGUCUCCUCGGGGAAAAAAGAGACCGAGAUUUCGACGGUCACAGCCGGACUGGAAAUAAUCACAGUUGUCAGUCUGCUGCCGCUGCGGCCGUUGCUGCUGCAAGCUCCGUCGGUAAAAACCACAACCUGAGCCUGACGCUGGAUUUAGCUUCACCGAGGAGCACUUCUCGGGGUGAGCAACGCUUGCAGCCGCCCAGCGCAGAGAGUGAGUACAAAACACUCAAAAUCAGCGAUCUUGGCACGCAGCUGAGCGACGAGGACAUAGAGGAUGGACUCUUUCAUGAAUUUAAAAAAUUCGGGGAUGUGAGCGUCAAAAUAAGUCGCAGCAACGAUGAACGGAUAGCGUUCGUAAAUUUUAGGAAGCCGGAAGACGCCAGAGCUGCUAAGCACGCCAGGGGACGGCUGGUGCUGUACGACCGGCCGCUGAAAAUCGAGGCAGUCUACAUAAACAGGAGGAGAAGCCGUUCCCCGGUGGAGAGAGACUUGUAUGGUGCAGCUCAAAGCCAUAGACAUUUGCAGAGACCCCUCUCGCCCACUGGGCUUGGAUAUAGAGACUACCGGCUGCAGCAGCUGGCCUUGGGACGGCUCCCUCCACCCCCACCACCUCCUUUGCCUAGAGAAUUAGAGCGGGAUAGAGAGUUUGCUCUGUUUGAAGCCAGAGCACGCCCAGCCUUCAUCGCAGAACGAGCAGCUUUCCGUGAAGAGGAUUUUAUAUCUCCGGAAGAUGACCAAAGAGCCAAUAGAACGUUGUUUUUAGGCAAUCUGGAUAUAACUGUUACUGAGGCAGACCUAAGGAGGGCUUUUGAUAGGUUUGGAGUCAUAACAGAAGUUGACAUUAAGAGACCUACACGAGGACAGACCAGCACAUAUGGAUUUCUGAAAUUUGAGAACCUUGACAUGGCUCAUCGUGCUAAGCUUAGUAUGUCUGGUAAAAUAGUGGGCCGCAAUCCCAUAAAGAUAGGCUAUGGGAAAGCAACACCAACCACACGUCUAUGGGUGGGUGGUCUUGGACUGUGGGUUCCCUUAGCUGCCCUGGCAAGAGAAUUUGAUCGCUUUGGCACUAUAAGGACCAUUGACUACAGAAAAGGGGACACUUGGGCCUAUAUUCAGUAUGAAAGUUUAGAUGCUGCACAAGCAGCAUGCACCCACAUGAGGGGCUUCCCUCUGGGAGGUCCAGAGAGAAGACUUAGAGUGGACUUUGCAGACACUGAACAUCGUUACCAGCAGCAGUUCCUGCAGCCUCUCCCAAUACCACCAUUUGAUAUGGUGGCUGAGUCAUUUGUCCACCGUGCCACACCUGAACCGCUGAGGGUCAGGGAACGAACUCCACCGCCGCUUCACUUCAGAGAGAGAGAGCUUUUUCCUGGAACUGACUGGCCCAAUCCUGCUAUUCGUGAGCGGGUACGAGCCUCACCUUUUGAGCCUCUGGAACAUUUGGACCGUGAGAGGCGGGCUCGUGAGCCCUGGUCUUUGGAAAGAGAGCUGCAGGGACGAGAGCCUGCACGAAAGCGGCGUGUAAUGGAGGAUGGACGCCACAUAGACCACUCCCCUGACAGCACAGAGAGGACAGUAAGACGGAGACGUGCUUCUCCAGAUGGGAGUCCUGGAGGUAGCAGCAGAGAUGGAGGCCGCUUUAGUGACUCAGAACGCCCACUGCGGGGCGAGAGAGCCUCCCCUGCGAGAGAACGCCACAGCAGCCUUGAAAGAGGUGUGUCAGAGCGUAGGCCCAAAAGCCAGAGUCUCUCUGAUAAGGGACCUUCAAGCACCAUUAUUUCAGCAGGUGGAGAGCGCAAGCGCAAGGCAGUUGAUAGUGGCAAAGGACCAGCCAAGAGAGAACGUUCAGAGAGCAGUUCAAAGGGAGGCCAGCCAUCCAAGCCAGAUGGCACCAAACUCAGUUUGGCAUGGCAUGGUAUGCUACUGUUGAAAAACAGCAACUUUCCAGCUAACAUGCACCUGCUGGAGGGAGACCACAAUGUAGCCAGCGACCUGCUUGUCGACAGCGCUACAGGAAGGCGAGUGAGCGAGCUAAAGAUCACGCAGCGACUCCGGCUGGACCAGCCCAAGCUCGACGAGGUGUCCCGGCGUAUCAAGGUGGCAGGUCCAGGCGGUUACGCAAUCCUGUUGGCAGUUCCCGGUACCACAGAGGAUACAUCGUCGUCUGACCACGCAGCCUCAACUCAGCGGCCGCUUCGCAACCUGGUGUCCUACCUCAACCAAAAACAAGCAGCUGGAGUCAUCAGCCUGCCUGUGGGAGGAAGCAGAGAUAAAGACAACACAGGGGUUCUUCAUGCUUUCCCUCCCUGUGAUUUCUCCCAGCAGUUCCUGGAUUCCUCUGCCAAAGCUCUGGCAAAAAGUGAAGAGGACUAUCUAGUUAUGAUUGUGGUCCGUGGAGCAUCUUAAAGAAACAGAAUACACUAAGUUCAAGUGGAAUAA